CCGGGAGACGCUGUUUAUACAGAGCUGGGCCAACAUUCUCAUCAGUCCUCCUCCUUCCGACUCAGCUUCUCUCCGAGUCCUUAUCCCCCACUCCUUGGUUUCCGCAUUCAUUCUGGAGUGGCCGGUGAGGGCGAGCAGGAUUGGAAAGAGACACCGGACGCCGGAGGGAGAGGUGUGGGAAAGGGAAGCCGGGCUGCCAAACCAGAGGACUUCUUCCGAUUGAAAAGGGAAGUCAGCUGAUGUAGUUAGUUAAAUUUAACAUCCUUUCAUGUGUGACUUCUGACUUUGGGGGCAAAAAUGAACUUUGCAGAGGAAGAGUCCUCUAAGAGGUACUGCAUUAAAGGCAAACAUGCGGCCAUCAUCUGCGCAGUGGUGGUGGCGGUUGGAUUGAUAGUGGGACUUUCUGUGGGCUUGACCAGGUCGUGUGACUGCUCUGGAGACGCCGGACAGGAUACAACCCCGGCUCCUUCUCAGCCUCCUCCCACAGGCAGCACUUCAGCCCUGCCUCCCCAGGACCAGAACGUUUGCCCUGACAGUGAAGAUGAAAGUGGAGAAUGGGUCAAUUUCAGGCUACCAGACUUCAUCGAACCAGUUCACUACGACCUGGAGGUGAAGACCCUGAUGGACGAUGACAGGUACACUGGCACAGUGACCAUCUCUGUCAAACUGACCAAGUCCACGUCUCACUUAUGGCUGCACAUCAGGGAAAACAGGAUCACCAAGCUGCCGCAGCUAAGGAGGCCCUCUGGGGAGCAGGUACCAAUUCGACGCUGUUUUGAAUACAAGAAGCAGGAGUAUGUGGUGGUGCAGGCUGAGGAAGCGCUCGCCCCCACGAGUGGGGACAGUGUCUACCUGCUGACCUUGGAGUUCGCUGGCUGGCUGAACGGCUCCCUCGUGGGUUUUUACAGAACCACCUACACGGAGAACGGGCAAGUCAAGAGCAUAGCAGCCACUGACCAUGAACCAACGGAUGCCAGAAAGUCCUUCCCUUGUUUUGAUGAACCCAACAAGAAGGCAACUUACAGUAUCUCCAUCAUUCACCCCAAAGAAUACUCAGCACUGUCUAACAUGCCAUUAGAGAAAAAUGAGACAGUGGAUGACAACUGGACAAAGUCGACUUUUAUGAAGUCUGCCCCCAUGAGCACUUACCUGGUGUGCUUUGCCGUACAUCAAUUCACUUCUAUAGCGAGAAUAUCCAAGAGCGGCAAACCGCUUACUGUUUACGUCCAGCCUGAGCAAGCUCAAACAGCGGAGUACGCAGCAGAUAUAACGAAAGCUGUGUUUGAUUAUUUUGAAGAAUACUUUGCUAUGAACUAUUCUCUUCCAAAACUGGAUAAAAUCGCUAUUCCCGAUUUUGGCACCGGCGCCAUGGAAAACUGGGGACUUGUCACUUACCGCGAAACAAACCUGCUUUUUGACCCACUGAUAUCAAGCUCAUCCAACAGACAGAGAGUGGCCAGUGUGGUGGCCCACGAACUUGUACAUCAGUGGUUUGGAAAUAUAGUAACCAUGGACUGGUGGGACGAUCUGUGGCUAAACGAAGGAUUUGCUUCUUUCUUCGAGUUCUUGGGAGUAAACCAUGCUGAAAAGGAUUGGCAAAUGCUCAGCCAGGUGCUGCUGGAAGAUGUGUUACCUGUGCAAGAGGACGACUCCCUGAUGUCUUCGCAUCCAGUUGUUGUCACGGUGUCCACUCCCGCUGAAAUAACUUCCGUGUUCGAUGGGAUAUCAUACAGCAAGGGCGCCUCUAUUCUGAGAAUGCUCCAAGACUGGAUAACACCAGAGAAUUUUCAAAAGGGGUGUCAGAUAUACUUGAAGAAAUUUGAGUUCAAGAAUGCAAAAACUUCAGACUUUUGGGAAUCCCUGGAAGAGGCAAGUAAUCUGCCUGUGAAAGAAAUAAUGGACACCUGGACUAGCCAGAUGGGCUAUCCUGUGGUUACUGUGACGGAAAAGAAGAACAUCAGCCAGAAACGCUUUUUGUUGGACUCCAAAGCUGAUCCUUCUCAGCCACCAUCAGCACUUGGUUACACAUGGAAUAUUCCAGUUAAAUGGACCGAAAAUGAUGUUUCAAGGGUCACGGUCUACAACAGGUCAGAAAAAGAAGGAAUCACUUUGAAUGCUAAUCUUAGUGGAGAUGUUUUUCUCAAAAUAAACCCAGAUCACAUUGGGUUUUAUCGUGUAAAUUACGAAGCACAAACUUGGGAAUGGAUAGCUGAGACUCUCUCCUCAAACCACAUGGUCUUCUCCUCUGCUGACCGGACAAGUUUUAUUGAUGAUGCUUUUGCUUUAGCAAGAGCUCAACUUCUGGAUUAUAAGAUAGCUCUGAACUUGACAAUGUAUCUCAAAGCAGAAGAGGAUUUCUUGCCAUGGCAGAGAGCCAUUUCAGCUGUGACCUAUAUCAUCAGCAUGUUUGAAGAUGACAGAGAGCUAUACCCAAUGAUAGAGACGUACUUCCAAAGACAAGUAAAGCCCAUUGCGGAUUCUCUGAAAUGGGAGGAUACCGGAAGCCACAUCACAAAGUUGCUCCGUGCUUCUGUACUAGGAUUUGCAUGCAAGAUGGGGGACAGAGAAGCCUUGGUCAACGCUUCCCACUUAUUUGAGGCCUGGCUAAAAGGAGAUGAAAGCAUUCCUGUAAAUCUCAGGCUUCUGGUGUACCGCUACGGAAUGCAGAAUUCUGGCAAUGAGUCUUCAUGGAACUAUACUCUAGCGCAGUACCAGAAAACAUCCCUAGCACAAGAAAAGGAAAAGCUGCUCUACAGCUUAGCCUCAGUAAGGGAUGUUUCCCUUCUGGCAAGGUUUCUAGAAAUGCUCAAAGACCCCAAUAUUAUUAAAACUCAGGACGUAUUUACAGUCAUCCGCUACAUCUCAUACAACAGCUACGGGAAGAGCAUGGCAUGGAACUGGAUUCAACUGAACUGGGACUAUCUGGUCAGCAGGUACACAAUCAAUGACAGAAACCUUGGCCGGAUUGUCACCAUAGCUGAACCCUUCAACACUGAGGUGCAGCUCUGGCAGAUGCAGAGCUUUUUUGCAAGGUAUCCAAAUGCUGGAGCGGGAGAGAGACCCAGAGAACAAGUGUUGGAAACAGUGAAGAACAAUAUUGACUGGCUGAAACUAAACAGAAAGUCCAUAAGCGAGUGGUUUGUUAGCUUGCCGAAGGACGACUGAGGCGCUUCAUCUUAGACUCUGCUGCGCCGUGGAGCCUGAGGUGCCCUGUGUUACAGGCUGCAGAGGGAGCCUUCAAAACCAGCUCUGCUUUCGCUAAGUGCUGUGUUUAUGUCUUACAAAGCUUUUAAAUUAUUCCUCUUUGUUUUUGAAGGAAGAUACUAAUAGAGGAUUGAAUAUACUCAGGGAUUUCUGCUAAGUGUGCUUCCCAGGAAUGCCUUUACAAACUGAAGGGUUUAAUAGCCACAUUAAUGUCUUUAAAUAUCAUUCCUUGUAUCUUAAAUCUGUGAAAAUAGAACAAUUUGGUCCCAGCUUUACAUUUUUAGUACCAAAGAAACACCACUUAAUCUUCUCUCUUGAUUGAUUUUUAAAGUUUAAAUACCAGUACUUGCGGGACACAUUGCCAUCUUAAUCUUUAUUUUAUUAUUCAGAAUUACAUAGACCUAAUAUCAUUUUAUUCACAUAUGCCUCACUGAUUUAAAUCCUACCAAAGUAACCUUGGCUUAAGUUUUGCUCAAGGACUGAAUGAAUGAGCUGAAGAAACGACUGACUGUUGCCUUUGCUCUUACGAAACCAAUCAGACAAUGCUGUAUUCUUUUUUUUUUUAAUAAUAAUAAAUGUAAAUUAUUACCUUGGAAAAAAAAA